AUGCACUCCCGUGCCAGUCUAUACUGCCCGGUCGACAACAUCGUACGCCUCUUCAACCACCGCCAAACCAGCAAGGCCACGAUUAUCAUUAGUAUAAUUCCCACAACGGUCAGCCAGGUUAUUAUAGCAACCCAAUUCUCUCUCCAGCCUGAAUUCGGCGUACCUAUCUUAUCUAACUCCGACUUCAACCGUCCAAUCGUUCUGGCCGGUUUCUUAGAGCAAGCACCGACCCACACCACCACCAGUGCCGUGCAUGCAUGGGGCCGUCUACACAGUUCACCAGCACUGAUGAUAAAUGCGCAGUUAGUCUCAGACCGUCACUCAUUCAUCACAGCCACUGUACUGGUUUCACUUAAUCCUUGGGCUCAGGCUGCACCGCUCCCCUCAAUCGCCGUUUUAGCGUUCUUCUUCUUCCCUAAGGUUAGGCUCAAUCCCUGCUUCCUCAGAAUGUCCCGCUGGGCAGCGACUUACCUCCCUCAGCCUUCGAAGGGUAUAUCGACAAGGGCCUUUACCUUCUUACCUCCCACCAACAGAUUACAGGUGAAGUCUGGCCCUUCUUUCAGCAAACGGUAUACCUGUGCCUUUCUUUUUUCCGUAUGUUCUCUUCCUCCGAGACGUGGGAGUCGGGGCCCUCCUGGGUGGGGUGGUGCUCGGAUGACUCUCUUUUCUCGGACUAGGAACCCAUUUCUCCCCUCCAUUCGAGUUAGGGUUGUUCCGUUCGGUGUAGACAGGUUCAUCUUGCGAGGACAGGUUCAUCUCAGGUGUACAACUUGCCGAAAAGUGCCCGACCACCCCACAUGUCUAGCAUCUCAGAGGUCUUACUUGCACUGGGGCCACCCUGCCUCUUACUUUUUCACGGGUGACCCAACGGCGUUUCCCGGACCCUUUUCCUUCUCGGUAGGAGGCACUAGCAUAUUAACUCGCUUUAUCCCCAGUUUAAUGUCUCCCUCUGCUGUACACCACCGAGCCUUGUGCCCGAACUCGCCACAAGUCAUGCAGUUCGACCCCAAAGACCUCCCAGGGGUCUAUCCAGCCUCUCUCUCUUCCGUCUCAACGCUCGCCCGCCCGCCCGCCUGCUCGCUCGCCCGGGCUAAUUCUCUCUCCUCUCUUCAAGAAAUUUCUCCCGUCUGCCUUCUCGCCCGAUUGUCGCUCGCCCGGGCCAACUCUCUCUUCCCUCUUCAAGAAAUUUCUUCCGCCGGGUUUUUCCUUCGGGACAGCCUGCUGGGGAGGAGGUGUUGCAGUCUUUAUUCACCUCCUCAUGACUUCCUUCCAACUGUCGGUGACUUGACGGACUUUUCCUGCCCCACUGCUUCUUUCAAUGUUGAUUAUUGUGGCUGUAGUUGUAGUGUCAGGUUCUUAUUAGGGCAUGACUUUGACAACAGUGGAGUCGGCAUUCUUUCACAAUAA